CUGCACAGGUACGAGCAGAUAUGGUUUGAGCAGCGCUGAGGCUAAGGUUUCGUAAACAGUAAAUUUUCCCCUCAAACACCAAGACCACAGACCACCGGAGUGUGGGUACAUGUGCUGGUGUAUUUCAGCAACAGCAACCAGGUCACAGACAGCUUGAGCUCGACUCAACAGUUCGGUUCUUCAUCUUUCUUCGUCAUUCCUCCCCCAUUUCCACGAUGAGCGUUAACGAGAGCUCCAACACCUCCAGCAACAGCCCCCAAUCCUCUGGAUCCAUCCCCGACCCCUGGUACAUCGUGGCCGGUGUGAUUGUCGUCAUUUGUCUGCUUGGUAUCCCCGCCAACAUCACGGUGAUAAUAAAACUCAGCCGGCGUCUUCGCGGCUCCUCCAUCUCGCAGCGGCUCUUCUUCAACCUGGCAGUGUCGGACCUGCUCUGCCUGCUCUGCUUGCCUUUUGGCAUGCUCAUUUUCUACAGCGGAUCACAUAUGACGUAUGGAGUCUGUCGGCUUGUCUUUUACUUCUUCUUUUUCUGCGUCAGCUCCGACUUAAACAUUCUGGUGCUGAUCGGCCUUCAGAGAUACUACCAGAUUCUUCACCCUAACAAGUGGGCCAAGCUGGACCGGACAUGGCAGCGGCUUUUACUGUUCUCUGUGUGGAUGCUCGCAACCCUGGAGGCUUUUCCAGUCGUGUUUUCACUAACAGACAUUAAGAAAGAGUGGACCAGCACUCAUUCCUGCAGCAAUCACACAAUCACACCGUUCUUCGAAGUGGUUUACAUCAUAUUCAUAGUUGUCAGCCACCUAGUCCUGCUGUCCUGCUAUGUGCUACUUGUUCGAGGGGUCAACCGAGCUAAAAUGGCCAAGAAGAAAGAGCCCAGAGCGACUAAACUUUUCAUCCGAAUAAUCGCCGUAUCCCUGGCCGUUGCCUUCUUUCCCUUAAUUCUCCGUAUGCUGUAUGUGGUCGCUCUCUUCAAGGAUUCAGAAGAACUGCUUCAUGUUAGCAAGAUGCUGACGUUUGUUGAAUGUUUUUACUUUUUCAAUCACUGUCUGAAUCCAUUCCUGUAUUUCUUUGCGUCUCAGUAUGGCAACAGAGACAGCAGCCAGAAGAAUAACUUCCUUAAUGACAACUAAUAUGACUGCUGGUGUGAUCCCUGUAUCGUAGCUUCAUAUUUUUAACACACAUCUGCUAAACUUAAUCUCACUGAUGGUCUUGGAAGUGCUGAAUACUGUGUCAGCGUGAAUACAAAACUUCUCUACUACUUCCAUUUUUCCUCUUUGUACAGAAACCACAUGAUGUACAAAAGAGUGCAUAACAAUUUUUAAACAAUGAUGAUGUCAUUUAAUUAUUUAGGAUUAUUUUGAUAUUUUUUUUUUGUUUUUGUUUUUUUUGCAUUGUGUGCCUUUAUAUUAAAAGAACAUUCUACAAAACAGACUGUGUUUUACACCGGCUGAAUGACUGAAUGAGUCCAGCUAACAAGAGCUAGCCGCUGCAUGAUGCUAAACGUAGAGUGCGUCGAGCUAAAUGCUAAACAUCGGCAUGCUAACAUGCUCACAAUGACAACGUUAACACGCCGAUGGAGAGAUGUUUCUGUUCGACCACUGCCGUCUCCUGACUGCUGCUCCACGUGUGCAGGACGACAUCUUUCUUGAACAAACAUACGCAAAGAGAGACUUAGCAGCGUGUGUGUUUGUGAGUGUGUUUCAGGUGUGUGU